GCCUAUCCCAGCUGCAUGCAGUUUUUUUUUAUUUUUAUUUCAGCGUACUUUUAUUCCAAGCAAACUCAUCUUGCAGGCUGGAUAAAAUCUCUUUACGGGCCUAAUACGGCCCACAGGCCGUAUGUUUGUCAUCCCUGGCUAACGGAAAUCAGACCUGAAUGCGACUUUUUUGUCAACUUUGGGCAAGCUACGUCAUUCGUGUGCGUGUGGAAAGACGCGGCCCGCCAGUGCAAGUGGAUAUGUCAUCACAACAUCCGGUUUCGGAAUAAGACCUUGCUGAGGUGCUCCCAGUGCAAAAUGGCUCGCUAUUGUAACAUCACCUGCCAGAAACAAGCAUGGUCCGACCAUAAGAGGGAGUGCAAAUGUCUGCAAAGUCUCCUUCCCAGAAUUCCUACAAACUCCGUCCGGCUGACUGCGAGAAUCAUCUUUGCCUUGUUAACGCCAGUAAAGAGUUGCAGUGAGGAGCUCUACACUUUAAAUGAACACGAAUCACACCUGACCUCCAUGUCUGAGCAGAAGAAACAAGGCCUAUCUCAGCUGGCAUCCAUGCUGGAAUUGUACCUACAACAGGAAGUGCCUGACCUCGCACAGGAAAUGACAUCGAGGCUACCGCAGUCUUGCAGACAACUACUCGACCUGAUUGCAAAGGUGACGUGUAAUUGUUUUACCAUUAGUGACGGAGAGCUGCAAGAGAUUGGAGUUGGGCUGUAUCCGAGUUUAUCGCUCCUAAACCAUGACUGCAGGCCAAACUGUGUGAUGGUGUUUGAAGGAGCAAAGAUACACCUCAGAGCCAUUCAGGAUAUCAAACCUGGAGAGGAGCUAACUAUAAGCUACAUAGAGACCUUGUCGUUGACUGAAGAGCGUCAGAAACAGCUGGAGGACCAGUACCAUUUCACUUGCCGCUGCCAGAAAUGUGACUCUCAAGACACAGACUGUCUCAUGUUGUCAGGUGAAGAGGAAAUAUGGCUUCAGUUGAAGGAGGCCUUACCUAAACUGGAAGAACUAAAAGCAGUCUCAGAUUGGCGAACCCUCCUUGACAGUUGUAUACUUCUGUUAUCAACUGUUGGUGCCGAUGUGCCCGAUGGAAACCUCUACAAGCUCCAAUUGACUGAUAUGGCGCUAGAUUCCGCCAUUCACCUCGGCCACUGGGAGGACGCUGUAAAAUACGGGGAGAGGACACUUCCAAUUUACAGACAAUACUACCCUCAUCCCCAUCCUGUUCAUGGAGUCCAGCUGAUGCGAGUAGCAAAGCUGCAACAUUAUUUGGAGCGCAUUAAAGAUGCUCUGGAAACGUUCAAACAGGCUUUUGCAAUCCUACAGAUCACUCACGGUAUUGAUCACCCUUUAGUGGCGGAUUUGUUGGACAAGAUGGAAGAAUGUCGCUUUGAGAUGGGUCAAUAACAAUCAACCAACAGUAAAGACAGUAAAACGUCAGCAGAACUUGAAAAGUGAUUUUUUUAAGGCACAUAUUUUUGGUGUGAUGCCAUAAGGACAAUACUGUACUUUCUGCACGUGUGUUCUUGUCUAUCUUAGAUACCAUUGUGGGGAAUGCAUCCAAUAUGUGUGUUUCUUUUACAGUCAGCCACUUAAAACAUCCAUCUUCCUCCCGCCACGUAUCCAUCACACAUGCACUUCCUGCCGUAAUCCCUGUUUUUGCGGCUUCUUCUGUCAGGGUCUGUGAUGGAAUGUGGUAAUGCUUCUCACACACACACACACACACACACACACACACACACACACACACACACACACACACACACACACACACACACACACACACACACACACACACACACGAUGCCUCUUUGCAGGAAAGGGAUGACAACAUUUCCUCUGGGAGAGAAAAAUUGUGUGUUUAAGGGUUAUGUGAGGAUUACACUGACAUUGUGUUUGUUUUAACAUAACAAAUAAAAAGUUUGGCUUUUCUGACACUUUGUGCUCUCUACAUUUAAAAAAAAAGUCUGGAUUAUUCAGGUGUGAAUACAUGCUACUUAAGCAUAAUUAUUCAUCUUGAAUACUACAAUAAAUGCUCUAAUUAUGGUUGGAAUGCUUAUUUACCUGAACCGCAAAGAGGUGGAUAUUAGACAAUAGCAUUUUU